GCUGACUCGCUGCUCGCUGCGCCUGACGACGCAUCGUUGUAGUGAAGCUACCGCGGUCGAGAGAUUCCUAAUAUGGCCAGCGAGAAAAAACCGGCGAAGACGCCGUCGAAAAGAGAGAAAACCGCUGAGGAAAUACUGACGGAGUUCCAGGCGCUACGAAAUGAACAGAAGAACUUAGUGAACAAGCUGUCCGAGAUGGAGUCGGAAUUGAACGAGCACAAAAUUGUUAUCGAGACAUUAAAGAGCGUGGAUCCCAAGGGGAAGUGCUACAGAUUGAUCGGUGGACUCCUAUGCGAGCGCAUAGUGGAAGACGUGAUGGUUAGUCUGGUAACGAAUAAAGAACAGUUGGUAAAAUUGAUAGACUCUUUAAAUGAUAAAGUAACGAAGAAAGGAGUCGAAAUAAAUGAAUACAAGGAGAAGCACAACAUCAGAAUCAGAGGGCAGGAUGAUCUGCAGCAGGAAGAAGAUAAUAACAACAAGGAUGACAAGAGGAAGGCGAUUGUUGUGAAUCCCAUUGUGAUUUAAGUGUAACAAAAAUAUAAGCGUUUUCUUUUAUAUUGCAUCAAGGCAUAUCGAGACGUGCGUGGAGUCCAAAUUGUAACUUCUGAGUCUAGCGCAUUUUUAAAUUAGUCUUGGUUUAUUUAUCGCGCCUUCUUGAUGUAUAUGCCUUUUUUGCAUUAUGACGUCACACGGUCGGACGUUUAUUCUACAAGUGUAUUUAAUCACAAACAGAAAAUUAUAUUCUGACAUCACACGGAAAUUAGGAUCGCAUAAUUCUACGUCUUUUAAUUAUAUCUGUAUCUCUGCAUCAAAAGAAAUAACAUAAUGUUCAUAUAUUUGUCCACUAUAAGCAAUCCUAUGUAUUUUCAUACAUAUUCAUAUCUUACAUUUAUAUAUUCCUCUAAUCUACACUGAAAGAAACUCUCAUGUACAUAAACACGCAAAUACAAGUUGUAUGAGCAAUAAUA